CCUCACCACACCUCACCCACUGAGCUUCCACUCACCAACUCGCCACGAAUGUCUUCGACUAAUACCAGCUCCAUCGCAGGCGGUCUACCCACCGUCUCCCAGGACAUUGCACCCUCCGUCAUAUUCCUUAUCUUGUACUUUGUGACCAACGCUGUCUGCAUAUGGCGUAUGAUCUCACAGUACCGGAAGCCCCUGCGAAUGCUCCUUUCCUUCAUCCGCAUCCAACUCUUCGAGUCGGUUCGCGUUGUCACCAUGAUCCUUCGUAUCGUCGGAGCGGUAAACUAUACCAACACACUCAAAGGCACCGCCUCAAUUAACGAAAGCCUCAUCAUCGCUGAGCAGAUAUUGCUCAGCGUUGGCUACCUAAUGAUAGCGUCUACCUUGAUUAAACUCACCGCAUUCCAUGAAGCGCGAGGGACUGGUGGGGUCAUACCAAAGCAAAGAAGAACGGUCACAGGCGUUUUGGACCUAGCGAUUAUCGUGGCAAUUAUCUUUGGUAUCAUAGCCGGCACAAACUACUCCAAGAGCUUGACCGACGCAAGUACCGCAAACUCUGUCCGAAACGACAGGAAAAUCUCGGCGAUCAUCGUCCUCGUCGUGCUCGCCCUUCUCAUUGGUUACAACGCUCUCCUCUCCACGCGACCAGACCUGCCGAGGAAGACCUCAUUUUGGCUCAUCAUCUGCUCCGCCCUUCUUAUCGUCGUACCGGCCUACCGUCUCGCACAGACGCUGAACCCGCCAUCCGACUCUGACUCCACUGGCCAGAAGGUCGCGUUUUACAUCUUGCAAGUGGCCAUGGAAUGGCUAGCGAGCACCGCCAUCUUGGCCGUCAAUGCGAAGGAGUGGUGCGGGGUCGACGAUUACACCGGGCUCAAGACCACUGGUAGUGAUCAGUACAUGAUGGGGGAGCAGACUUAUCAGGCUUGAUGGGACUGAACUCACUUGACGAAUGGACAAUCAUGAUCUUUCUGCGCUUGUGUUUCUGUACAAUUGAGGCAUAUCCUGGGCAUCUAUAUCUAUAUUACUAUACCAGCCAUUCCCGUGCUCAACUACUGUAACGGCCA